AUGGCCACCACCAAGCGUGCUGACUUCGAAGCUAUCUUCCCCUCCCUGAGGGCGGAGCUCCUGGAGCAUGCGAAGAAGUACAACCUCCCCGCCAAUGCCAUGGAGUGGCUUGAGAAGGCUAUCAACGCCAACGUCCCCGGUGGCAAGCUUAAUCGUGGUCUCUCCGUGCCGGACACGGCGCUGGCUCUUCUGGGGCGACCCCUGACGGAGGAAGAGUUCAAGCACCUCAGCACACUUGGAUGGUUGACUGAGCUGCUCCAGGCGUUCUUCCUGGUCAGCGAUGAUAUUAUGGACACCUCCAUCACCCGUCGUGGCCAGCCCUGCUGGUACCGCCAUGAGGGGGUUGGCAUGAUCGCCAUCAACGACGCCUUCAUGCUCGAAUCGGGUAUUUACAUCAUCCUUAAGAAGAUGUUCCGCUCGCAUCCUGCAUACGUUGAUCUGGUGGAGCUCUUUCAUGAGACCACCUGGCAGACUGAGCUGGGUCAGCUGUGCGACCUGAUCACCGCCCCCGAGGACAAGGUGGACCUGGACAACUUCUCCCUGGAGAAGUACAUGUUUAUUGUCACGUUCAAGACUGCUUACUACAGCUUCUAUCUGCCUGUCGCCCUCGCUCUGUACUACCUCCAGCUGGCCACUCCGGCCAACCUCAAACAGGCGCACGACAUCCUCAUCCCCUUGGGCCAGUACUUCCAGAUCCAGGACGACUACCUCGAUGCCUAUGGUGACCCGGCCGUCAUCGGCAAGAUCGGCACAGACAUCCAAGACAACAAGUGCUCGUGGAUGAUCAACCAGGCUCUGAAGCUGGCCACUCCGGAGCAACGCAAGACCCUCGACACCGCCUACGGCCGCAAGGACCAGGAGCUGGAGGCCAAGGUCAAGGUGGUUUAUCAGGAGCUGGACCUGGAGAACGUUUACAAGAAGUACGAGGAGAGCACGGUGGCCGAUCUGCGCGCCAAGAUUGCGGCCGUGGACGGAGCCGAGGGCCUCAAGAAGGAAGUCUUCGAGUCGUUUCUGGCCAAGAUCUACAAGCGCAGCAAAUAG